CAGGAAGAGUUGACCACCGAGGUGUCCGAGGGAGGGACGAAGGAAACGAGUAAGACAAAAGAUGAAACUCGUCCAAAAGAGGAGGCACCACUUUGUAGUGCCAUUGUUUUGGAAGCAUCACAAAAAGUGUUCCCAGAGGAUUUAGAAAGUGGAAAUGAUCCAUCUUGUGCAGAAGAGUCUGGUGUGAUGAAGAAGGAAAAAUCACCCAAAAUAGACAUCAAGAAAGAAGAUACAUCUGCAAAACAGUCCCAAGGAGAUGUCGCAACUCCAGCAGAAGAGAAGAACCAGCAACCGUCCGGUAAAAGUGACACAGUAGCUGUGGAAAGUGUUCUGCUGAACCUGGAUGAAGUGAGCGAUGAAGAGGACGAUUACCCUGAAGACACAGCCAAGGUGGAAGAAUUGAGAGAGAGGCAAGCUGCUGUUAAAGAGAAGCAGCUCGCCAAGGAGCAAGAGAGGAAGACCAGGCAGAAAGAUGGGAGGGAGCAGAGGAGUCGGAGUGGGAGGUGGAAGGCGAAGGAAAGGGGAAAAGAGAGGGACCCCAGAGAGCUGGUGACUCUGGAUGAGGUGGGAGCAGAUGAGGCAGGGGAAGGAGCGGUGGCACAGUGUCGAGAGCUGGACGUUGAGAUCACAGCAGGAGAACUGCAGGGGCUCGUCACUCUGGAUGAAAUCGUAGAAGCAGCGGAGGGAGAAGUUGAGGAAGGAACGUUGGAGACCCGCCCACCCAUCAAAGAGGACCCCGCAGUGGAGGCUGUGGAUGAAGCAGGUGACGAUGAGGAGGGGAACAAAGAGGAAGCUGAGAAAACCUCCAGACCUGUGAAACGCAGAAUCAAUGACGAUACAGAGGAGAGUAUGAAGUUUGUGACGGUGGACGAGGUGGGAGAGGUGGAAGAGGAGGAGGAGGAGGAAAAGAAGGAAGCUCCCAGGACAAGAGGCCGACCCAAGAAGAGAACCAGAAAGAUGCCUGUGAGAAAAUCUACCAGAGGGAAGAAAGUUGUUGCAAAAGAUGUGAGAGAAGAACAACAGGAAUCAGGCUCUGAAGCUCCACCUCCCACUUCUCUCGACGCCUCGUCGUCAUUGCACAAAGAUCCAUCAACGUUAUCGGGUGACACCCAGGGAGAGGUCCAGGAGGCAGAGGUAGAAGGAGCAGGCCGUUCGGACAUCGAUGCUGCCUCUGCUGGGGAGGACCUGCGGCCUGAGCCCCCUGAGAACCAGAGGCCUGAAGGAGAGGAGGAGAUAGAAGGACGGUGCACGGAGGACGUUAAAGUUCCGAGCAAAAGGAAGGGGGAUCUUGUCGGACCUGAGGCAAAGAGAUCUCGCUCUGUGUCUCCCUCCAUGUCCACCGACAUCAAACUGCCACCAUUCAGUCCCAGCAGCCCCGUCGGUCCAGAGUUUCUGGUCCCCAAACUGGGGUACUUCUGUAAUCUCUGCCAUGUUUUCUGCCUGCACGAGAGCAGCGCCAAGGACCUGCACUGUAGCAGCCAGACACACUACGACAAUCUGCAGAAGUACUACCAGAAGCUUCAACCUGAACCCAGAAAAGGGUCAACGGAAAAUCCUCAAGCUUCCUUUUCUGAUUGAUCCAGACUUCAGCUGCUGAUCUUUUUUAGUAUGGUUGGUCCACAGAGGAGAUUUAUGAACUUUUUGAGUUACAGGGAAGGUUUCUGAUUAUUGGAGGUUUACCUGGCACUCUGAUGAUUUACAUUAAGCUGUUGCACUAUCCAGGGCAUAUAUGAUGAUAUUAAUUCACAUGUUCAUUUAUGAACUGUUUUUGGAAAUGUGAUUAAAGUUUGGUCCGGUUGACCUUGAAUCGUUGAAUGAUUGAGCGGUGCGAACAUCAGUUUCUGGGAAAUCUUUGGGACGAGGAUUUCUGGGCAAAGAGAUGCUUUUUUCUUUUACUCUGAAAGUUCUGGUGCAUUCAAGUCAUGUUGGAAGAAUCAGAAAACCAAGAUAUUAGCAGAAACCAUGAUAACAAAUAAGGUUUUUUUUUUUCCUACUGUCGAUGUAUUUGAAAGCUCUGAACAAUAAAACUCAACUUUUUUUUUU